AGUCAGUUUUUCUUCAGCCAACACUCGGUGCGGUAGCGGUAGCGGCAGUAAAAAUCGGAAACGAGAUUUAAAGUGGUUUUGUUUUGGAACCAUUUUCGGGUCUAAAAACAGAACUUCCCUCCUUGGACGGCGACGUACCUUACUUUCGGAUUAUGAAACGAUUCAAAUUAAAAUUGAAUUUCAAAUUUCCGAGUGAAUUUGAAAAACGUUAAAACUGAGAAUACCGACGAGACCGACGCACGAACAAGACAACAAAAAAGCAGCAACAGAAGAAGACAAUACGGCGACGGGAAAAUAGAUUAUGACUUCGGGCUUUGAUUUAAUUCUAUCGGCCAUCCUCUGUUUCGGAUGCAAUGCUACGGAUCCAUCACCCCAAGGCCAAACGACGGCUGUUGUCAUCUCCGUCAAUGGAACUGACGUUGCAGCUGUCUCACCUGACCUGAAUAAUAAUGGCAAUUUCGAGAUUUAUCGAACGAAACGGGAAAAUAUGGAGAAAAUGAGGCAGUAUGUAAAUGGAAAUCAUUUUCGCAUCGCUACAAUUGAGGAUUAUCCAUUGAGCUAUACGCAGAAGAAGGCAGAUGGCACAGUUGUUGGCGCAGGAGUUUCGUUCGAAUUAAUUGACUUUUUGGCGGAAAAAUUUAAUUUUACUUAUGAGGUGGUUGUGCCGCAGGGCAAUAUCAUCGGUUCGACGGGGGACUAUAAAAACAGUCUGGUUGAGCUUCUUUAUGACGGGAAAGCCGAUUUAGCAGCAGCAUUUCUACCACUCUUAGCCGAUGUGCGGAUAAAAUGCGAUUAUUCAACCACAGUUUUGGAUGAAGGCGAAUGGAUAAUGGUGAUGCAACGUCCCAAAGAAUCAGCCACCGGUUCAGGUCUACUAGCCCCAUUCGAGUUCUGGGUAUGGAUCCUAAUAUUCAUCUCUUUACUCGCUGUCGGACCCAUCAUCUAUGUACUCAUUAUAAUUCGAAAUAAAAUCACCGGUGACGACUCACAACAACCAUAUUCGCUGGGCCAUUGUGCAUGGUUCGUCUAUGGAGCACUAAUGAAACAGGGAAGUACCCUCUCCCCAAUUGCAGAUUCUACACGUUUACUCUUCGCAACAUGGUGGAUUUUUAUCACCAUUCUAACAUCAUUUUAUACCGCUAAUUUAACUGCUUUCCUCACGCUAUCCAAGUUCACAUUACCCUUCAAUACGGUCAAUGAUAUCCUUGCAAAGCAAAAGCAUUUCGUAACUCCGCGCGGUGGUGGAAUUGAAUAUUCAAUCAAAAAUACUAAUGAAAGCCUUUCAAUUCUAAGCAACAUGGUCUUAAACAACCGGGCAACAUUCACAGAGAACGAAAAUGACACAGUGACAUUGACAACUUUCGUAGAAAAAUACGGAUAUGUCUUCGUUAGAGAUCGCCCUGCAAUUAAUCAUUUGUUGUACCUGGACUAUCGCUAUCGAAAGUUAAUAAGCGCUGAUAAUGAAAAAAUUCACUGUCCAUUUGCCAUGGCUAAGGAACCAUUUUUAAAGAAGAAACGAGCCUUUGCUUAUCCAUUCCAAUCGAACUUGAGCACACUCUUUGAUCCAGAACUCCUUAACCUAGUGGAAUCGGGAAUAAUCAAACAUCUCCUGGCAAAGGGACUACCAAAUGCAGAAAUUUGCCCUCAGGACUUGGGCGGCACCGAACGUCAACUACAAAAUGGCGAUCUCAUGAUGACUUACUAUAUCAUGAUAGCUGGAUUUGUUACCUCCAUUGUGGUAUUUACCACAGAAAUGUUAUUCAGAUUCAUAAAUCAACGACAAGUUGGCAAAAAUAAUAUGAUUAUCGGUGCCAAUGAGCUUCAACGUUCGUCGAAUUUCCGUUUGCAUGGAUGGGCUGCCGGAAGGACAAAUCACAGGGAAAGUCUAGGCAAUCGACUAAAUGAAGGCAUCAUUCUGAGUAAUGUGACACCUCCGCCGGCGUAUGCGAGCAUUUUUAAGCACAACAAAAACGCAGUUGUCGAUAUGAAUAAAUGGAAACAAGCUGUAUCAAAGAAUAAGGAUGAGUCGAAGGGUGUAAGGAGGCUUAUAAAUGGUCGUGAUUAUAUGGUUUAUAAGAAUACAAAUGGUAUCAAUCAAUUGGUACCAGUUCGAGCACCUUCAGCGACACUAUUUCAAUAUUCAUACACUGAGUAGUGGAUUACUUUUAAUUAACAUUAAAAUAAUUAUGUACGUUUUUUAAACGUGUUGUUUUGAAAUUCUAUUUUUGUGACGUUUACAUUAUCUAUUUUCUGAUGAAAUAAAAGUUUCUAUUUUUGUGUAGUUAUCUUUCAAGUGUUUA